AAGCGCAGCCGGCCGGUGCCAACGCCCAAAGAUAACCGUGAACGACAGAAGAGUAGUUCGUGUACGCAGUGUUACAAAGCGAUUUCAACAAAAUGUCUCUACUUCCAUUCUUUUUCGACGAGCCCGUCUACACUUCGCGUUGGCUGCGCCCGUCGAGAAUCUUGGAUCAACACUUCGGGUUGGGUUUGGAUCCCGAAGACCUGUUUCAGCCGUUGGAUCUCAACAAUCGUCAGGUCACCAGGACGCCGGCCGGAUAUUUAAGAAGCUGGAGAUCUAACGCAUCCGAGAAAGACGCCGGGUCAGUCGUGACCUUUGACAAGGACAAGUUCCAGGCGAACCUCGACGUUUCGCAAUUUAAACCGGAAGAAAUUUCUGUGAAGGUCGCGGACAACGUGCUGACGAUCGAAGGCAAACACGAGGAGAAAAAGGACGAACACGGGAUGAUUUCCAGGCACUUUGUCAGGCGGUACGUGUUGCCGAAGAAUUGCAACCUGGAUAAAGUAGAGUCCAAGUUGUCCUCCGACGGAGUUCUUUCAAUUACCGCUCCAAAGAUCGAGGCGAUGGAGGUCGACCACAAGACCGUGCCGAUUCAGCAGACCAACGAGCCGGCAAAACAAAUAGAACAGAAAAAGUAAUCGUUUUUUGUCACCAUUUAUUAUAUACGUUUGUCGCAAAUAAUUAUUAGCGUUAUAAGUAUUAGUAACAGUGUUAGUUCUGUUUUUCAAGACUGAAGUUGUGCUAUUUUAAGUUUGUAUUUUUGCUUUAUUUAAUAAACGUUUAAAAUCGAA